GCAAUGUGUAUUACUUUGUGAACUCAUGGUAGGUGCCCAGAUUAACCAUGUAUCUGGUUAAAAGUUGGACUUGCAUGGGAAACUUGGAUCCACUUCCAGAAUUGGUCACUAGCGUGAGCCAUUUAAAUGGCCGAAGGAUACAGUCCCUGACUCCUUCAUCUGCGACACCUGUUCAAAACUGCAUCCAUGAGAGACGACUACACUGAGUGGGAACACUUCUCCCAUCCAGACCCGGACGAGGAAGACCCUCCGACUCUGGACGAAAUUCAAACCCUGCAAGAAUUUGCUGAGUCCUUUGGCAUAGCUAAUGCCAUUGCAGCACAGGAUGCUGCUCACCAACUAAUGUCACUUGUCGAUGAGGGUCGCGUGGUUGAGAAGCGCCAGAAUAACAUUAUGGACAAAGGCGAACGCGUCUCCUGGUUAUUAUGGGAUGCUGCUAUCAACAUGCCGCGCUACCAGCCUGCUAUUCUUAAGUUAAUUAAGGCAAUCCGCGCGCUGCCUCAGCUGGAAUGA